CUUAGAAUGAAGUUUCUUUGACGAGUGGGGGUAGACUGAGCAACUAUGGCAGAUAACCAAAGGAUGUGGUGGCAGCAUUGGACAGACACCAGCAAUAUCAAACCUUUGAACCACAUGAGGGCUGUUCAUGAGCCCUACAACCGGCCAGAGGAGCAGGGGUUCAUCAACCGCCGAGACAUCACUAGCAAAAAGGAUGCCUGGGACAUGCAGGAAUUCAUCACUCACAUGUAUGUCAAGCAGCUGCUCCGACACUCGGCCUUCCAGCUGCUGCUGGCCAUGUUGCUGGUGAUCAACGCCAUCACCAUCGCUCUCCGCACCAACUCCGUCCUUGGCCAGAAACACUAUGAGUUGUUCUCUACCAUAGAUGACAUUGUGUUGACCACCCUUAUCUUUGAGCUUCUCCUUGGCUGGUUAAAUGGCUUCUGGAUUUUCUGGAAGGAUGGCUGGAACAUCCUCAACUUCCUUAUCAUCUUUAUCUUGCUCCUGGGAUUCUUCAUUCAUGAACUCAAUAAUAUCUCUAUCACCUACACCCUCAGGGUGCUUCGUCUGGUGCAUGUCUGCAUGGCGGUGGAGCCCCUGGGCCGGAUCGUCCGCGUCAUCCUGCAGUCAGUGCCCGACAUGGCCAAUAUCAUGGCCCUCAUCCUCUUCUUCAUGCUGGUGUUCUCUGUAUUUGGGGUCACUCUCUUUGGUGCGUUCGUGCCCAUGCAUUUCCAGAACAUGCAAGUUGCCCUGUAUACCCUCUUUAUCUGCAUCACCCAGGAUGGCUGGGUGGACAUCUACAGUGAUUUUCAGAUGGAGAAAAGGGAGUAUGCAAUGGAGAUUGGGGGCGCCAUCUACUUUGCCAUCUUCAUCACCAUUGGUGCCUUCAUUGGCAUCAACCUGUUGGUCGUCGUGGUAACCACCAAUCUGGAGCAAAUGAUGAAGGCAGGAGAGCAGGGGCAGCAGCGUCAAAUAGCCUUCAGUGAGACAGGUGAUGGCGAGGGAAUCUGGAAUAACCAGCUGUCACUGGUGCACUGUGUGGUCGCCCGUUUGGAGAAGCCUGGUGUCUCCCAGGAGCCGCUUGUGCGGGGCCCCCUGUCGAACCUCUCGGAAAACACAUGCGACAACUUUUGCUUGAUGCUCGAGGCAAUACAGGAGAACCAGAUGCAGUACAAGGAGAUCCGAGAUGAGCUCAACACGAUAGUGAACGAGGUACACUCCAUCCGCUUCAACCAGGAGCUGGAGGAGGAGCUGAAGCACAGGUACGUGUCCUGGAGCCUGUCAGAGAGCGUGUCCUCCAUGGACAUCCAGCAAGACUUAAUCACCGCGCUCAUCACCAGGGAAAAGGUUCAGGAAUCCAACACAAAUUUACUCCUUAACAAACAUAAGACCAGCCGCUGAGAGCGCAGGAUUGGAGCCAAGGGGCAUGAGCACACACACCCAACUGCUGCAUCUCCCUGUAUCACUAGCAUGACUUGGCACAGCCUGGCCUGAGCCCAACCUCUCCCUUAUACCUAGGCAGAUGCCUAGGGAUGUAAAGGGGGCGGCAUCUCCAGGGCUUGUGCCUGUGAACCCCAGGUCCAGAGGAGCCAGGUUGGAGAAGGAUGCUGGAUGAGAGUGGGAGCCCUACAGCAAGGAUGAGCACAGAAGGGGGUGUUGACCAAGGCAGCCGGGGUCCUAAGGAUGGGCAUCCCUGGUCCCUUGCCAGACCAGAGUUAGGUGGGGUCUAAGUGGCCCAAGCAGCAAGAAGAAAAAGGUGAGGUCAGUGUGGCCAGGUAUCUGUGUGUUGACAAUAAAGUUUUGAGUU